AUGGCUGGAUUUCUCUUGAUUACUAGCCUAAUAUCACAGGCAGCAGCUAAUCCUAUCAUAGUACCCCAUUGGGAUAAUCAAAUCUAUCUCCCGAUCUUUCAUCAUCAUCAACCUCAGUAUCAUCAAGCUAUUGAAAGGUCCGAUCAAGAUAUCCAACAACAGCACCACCAGCCCCAACCGCAACCAGAAGAACAGGGCUAUGACAAUUCGGACUUUAUUGGAGCUUACAAUGGUUUUGAUAAUCACCAGGACGAAGAAUCUGUUGAUAAAUACCAGCAGCAGCAUCAGCCAUAUGAUUACUCAGGCUUUGAACAUGGUUUUGAUCAGCAGCACCAGCAGCAACCCCAUUACGUGCAUAGUGUACCUGUGUCCGAGCACGUCGAGGUGACCAAGCCAGUCGCAGUGCCUGUCUACAAGGAAAUCGGAAUACCAGUACCUCAACCAGUAAAAAUCAAUGUGCCACACCCAGUAACGGUCGGAAUACCUCAACCCUAUCCAGUAGCAGUUCCUGUCUCGCAACCAGUGCCAAUUCAGAUCACAAAAACAGUUGCCGUGCCAGUUGAAAAGAAGGUACCCUAUCCUGUGGAAAAACACAUUCCCGUACCAAUAGAGAAGCCCGUGCCGAUAAAAAUCGAAAAACACAUUCCAGUUCCCGUGUAUAAACCUUAUCCUAUUAAGAUACCUGUAUACAAAACAAUUUAUCACCAUGAUAAAGGGCAUAGCAGUCAUGGAUUGAAUGGUAGUUCAAUAAUUGGUAGAGAGUACUUUUUUGGUGAGAGAAGGUUAGACGAAGAGUUGGCUAAUCAUGAUAAUGGUUUACAAUUGGCUGAUGUUACGUACGAUGCUGAUUCGAAAAACUCUGCGACUAGUUGGGAUUACUAUGAUCCACGUGGUGUCAAUCAUAUUAACGACUCAUCAGAUGAAAAGCAUUCAUUGCAUGGACUUGAUUCGUGGUUGACUGAUGUUCUUAUUGGCAAAGAUUUUAAGGGAUUAGUGAAACCAGUUAUAACAGAAAUAGGACAUCCAGUAUAUAAAGAUUAUAAGAUAGAAAUUCCAUACCCAAAAAUAGAUCAAAUAACGCAACCUUAUCCAUUGUUAGUUCCAAUGUUGCAUCCGGUACCGUAUGAGGUUAUUAAAACAAUUGUAAAAACUGUUGAGAAAAAAGUUCCAACGCCAGUUGAAAAAAUUGUCCCGGUACCUGUUGAGAAGCCAGUACCAUUUGAAGUUGUAAAACACGUUCCAUUAUUCGUUGAAAAAAAAGUUCCUAUUAAAAUACCAGUAUAUAAAACUAUACAUCAUAGAAUAUUGAUACUGAGUACAGGGUUAUGUAUCUCUAUAGUAUCUGCCAGUGACUACGGAGACCACGGGCAUCAUACUUACGAAGAAAAAACACAUAAGGUUGAAAUACCCAUAUAUAAAAAAUUCGCGAUUCCAAUACCUCAUCCCGUACCUGUUAAAGUGCCUCAAGAAAUAAAAAUACCAAUUCCGCAACCAUAUCAAGUACCGCUGAAAAUUCCACAUCCUCAACCGGUCGAAGUUAUCAAACACAUUGAAAUUCCAAUUGAAAAGCUAGAACCUUAUGUCGUAGAAAAACAGGUGCCGUUCGUCGUGGAAAAACCUUAUCCAGUUUAUGUGGAGAAAAAGUUUCCAGUACCGGUAGCCAAGCCGUACCCAGUUCACGUUCCUAUCUAUAAGCACGUCAUUGUACACUCGUCGAAAGGGAAAGGCUGGCACUGA